AGAAAAACAAAAAGAGUAAGAAAAAAAAAAAAAAACUCUUCCUCGCAAACUAUGGCUAUGUCUCUACACUCACUCCAUCAUCUCCCUCCCAAACCCCUCUCUCCACCACCACCUUCUCCUCCUCAUCUUCCUCACCAAACCCUAGCCCUAACCCUAACCGCACCUCCUCCUCCCCCGCUACCCCUCUCCACCCUCUCCCGCCGCUCCCUCGCCCUCGUCGCCGCCCCCCUCCUCCUCCUCCCCCCCGCCGCCGCCGCCGCCGCCGAUGACGACGGCGGCGUACUCUGCCCCGGCGAGGCCCCGACCACGGCGCGCGCGUUCCUCGACGUCGCCAUCGAUGGCGCGCCGGCGGGGCGCAUCGUCGUCGCGCUGCGCGGCGGAGCAGCGCCGCUCGCCGCCGCGCGCUUCGCCGCCCUCGUCUCCGGCGCCGCGGGGGUCAGCUACCGCCGCAAGGAGUUCGUCCGGAUCACCCCGAGCUACGUCCAGCACGCCGGCGUGCGGUCCUACGGCGCCGACGCCGAGGAGGAGGUGGACGAGCGGGGGCCGAACGGGACGGAGUUCGUGAUCGCCGCGAGGGACGCGCCCGAGCUCGACGCAGCGGCGGUGGUGGUGGGGUGGGUGGUGGAGGGGAUGGAUGUGGUCGAGAGGAUCGCCGCGGUGAAGACGGUGAAGGACAACACAAGCUCCCCCUACUUCAGGGUGGCGAAGUUGAUUGGCGAUAAAAGAGCAGUGGUUGCAGAGAGAGGCUUCAACCGCCCUUACUCGAAGGUGGUCGUAACCAAUUGCGGUCUUUUAGAUUAGAGCAAAAGUGCUUCUUUCAUUUAUUUUUGCUCCCCUUUUCCACCUAAUUCUUUUCUCUUGAUAAUUAGAAGCCCUGUAUAUUUCAUGCUGUGUGUAAUCAUGUAGACUCAGUGCAAGUUAAUCACCUGAAUGUUAGCUAAUAGAUCGAUCUAGUAGGAAUCAGGCUCAGAAAUAUAUAUUAACACUGAGAACAAUGUUCGAGACUCAAUACGACUAUGUGAUCCUUUUGGA